GCAAUCAGCUCCAAUUCGGAUCCCGAUCAGCCAGACACCACCUAUAAGUACAAACACAUUUCCCUCCCCAUAGCCGCCACUAAACACAAUCCCCCAAUGGCUUCAGGUAAUCCCCUUCAGACCAUCGACAUCUCCUCCAUCGACACCUACACCGGUGAUCAGAUGUUUAAAGCCGCAUCAUCGCAGGGAUUCCUCUUUAUAGAAGGACAUGGUUUCUCCCAACAGGAAGUUGCUGACCUCUUUGAUCUCAGCAAACAGUUCUUUGAGUUGCCUUCCGCGUACAAACAGCGGUUCAUGAUUGACGAGACCAACCACGGAUACACCGACUAUGGAGGUGAAAAUUUGGAUCCCAGCACCCAGAAGAAGGGAGACCCCAAGGAAGCAUUAAACUUUGCUCAGUUGAACCUUGUCACUGCAGAUGCCAUCAAGGAUUAUCCUGAAUGGUUCAAGGAAGACCCCCAGCGUGAGCACAUUAUCCGUAACACGAUUCUUAAGAUGAACGAGUUGAAUUUGCGCAUCUUGAAGUUGUUGGCCAUAGGCUUGAAAUUCGAAGACACGGCGGAGUGUAAGGGAGCCGACUGGUUCGAUUCCAGGUAUCGCAAGGACAAGCCUAGCGGGUCGACCUUCCGGUUGUUGCACUAUCCGUGCCCUGCCAAAGUUGAUCCCGAGUCGGUGAUCAGGGCCGGAGCCCACACCGAUUAUGGGUCCAUCACUCUUUUGUUUCAGCAGGCUCAACAAGAAGGAUUAGAGAUUUAUUCACCGGUUUCAAAGUCGUGGGAGGCAGUGCCAUUUGUUGAGAAUAAUGAGGCCAAGUUCCCGGGGCAAGCACCUCCAAUUAUCGUUAAUAUGGCUGACCAGUUGAGUUACUGGACUGCGGGCUUGUUGAAGUCGACCAUCCACAGAGUUAAGUUUCCGCUUGAGGCUCAGAGGGCUGGAAGAGACCGGUACUCGGUGGUUUUUUUCAGCCAUCCAAACGAUGAUACGUUGUUGGAGCCUAUUCCCAGUGAGAUGACAAGGAACAUAAAGAACCGGGGUGCCAACAAAAACAAGUUAAUUACCUCAAGAGAGCACUUGUCGCAGAGAUUGAAUGCCACCUACGGGUGGAAGAACUAAGACUCAUCUAUGUGUUUAUGUCUAUUUAUUUAAAGUACAUUAUUACUAGUU